CAAGUAUUAUUUGGUAUAACAAUACAAGAAUGCGAUUCUGUAGGUUCUUAUUAUAUCAAACUCAAGAAGAUUGCAAAAUAUGCUAAUAUAGAAGAUGAUAAAUUUCGCUGUAGAUUUCUUAGGGGACUUUCUCCAGAAAAUCAAAUGAAUGUUCAUCAUAUAGGGCUUAGUAGACUUAUUGAUGAAAUCUUUUCAUCUUUAGAAGAAAUUGAGAGAUAUAAAGCUGAAUUACUCUCUGGUGCCAAUUCCCUUUUACAAUCCCUAUGA